AUGGCCGCUUCUUCUGCCGCGCUGCUUCCGCGCCUCGUCCUCGCCAUCAUCUGCGCGGUCGCCACCACUCAUGCGGCACGAGGGGAGACCAGUGCAGGAAGCGGGAAUCAGAGCAUGCAGGCGGGCGUGGGCGUGGGCGUGGGCGUGGGCGUGGGCGUGGGCGUGGGCGUGGGCGUGGGCGUGGGCGUGGGCGUGGGCGUGGGCGUGGGGGAUGGCAGCAGCACAGGCGGGGCGGUGGAGGCUCGGGUCCACGUGGCAACGGUGAUCGCGGUGCCGGGCGUGAGCGUCCCCGUCAGCUUCGACGCCCUCCGCUGCUUCAGCCUUCCCCGGGCGGCGCGCAAGGCGGCUGGAGACGUGCAGGUGUGGUGGCACGGGCUCACGGGCGGCAGCACGGGCGGCGGCAGGGGCGGCAGCGGUGGUGGCACGGGCGGCGGCGGUUCGUAUGGCAAGGGUGGGGGUGCGGCAUGCAAGCAACUCAAGUUUUUCGCCAACCCGGCCUGCAAGGGCAAGGCGCUGGAUGAGGUGCUGCAGCCGCAAUACGCCAAUCUGCGCAGAUUCUUCCACAUUCCCAGCUCAAAGAAGGUUGCCCGAUGGACUUCCGUUUCCUGCAAGUGUGAAAUCACCUGCCAGCACGCCACGUGUCCAGCCAACUCCACGUGCAUGCCAACGACUGACAGCAAGGCCGUCACCUGUGCAUGCAACCCGGGCUUUGCCGCCGUUAAUGGCACUUGCCAAGAUUUGUGUGAUGCAGUGAGAUGUGGGCCGGGCGGCAGUUGCACGAAGGAUGCGAACGGAAAGCCAUUCUGUAGCUGCAACACGGGCUUUGAGCCAUCUUCUGAUGCGCUCUCUUGCAUUG